UCAAAAAGGAGUUCCCGCCCAUGCAAUGACACAUUGCAAAAAAGGAAGUAGGCGCGGCAGUGGCGUUCCGUGCGGCGCUCCAGUGCCGCCCGUUGGUGCGCUCGGAUGCUGAGCACCGGCACGCGGGCUCCAAAGGCUUUCUUUGCCAUGCACGGACGGCCUCGACGGAGCCACUAAGCUGGUCCUGUGAGUGACGAGGAGGAUGACCCAAAAUAAGGAUGCCGGCGGCGCUAACGGCACCGGCAGGGAGGGUGAGGAACUCAAGACCGUCAUUGUGGGAGAUGGCGGCUGUGGGAAAACCUCGCUUCUCAUGGUGUAUGCCAAAGAUUACUUUCCAGAGAAAUACGCCCCGACGGUGUUUGAAAAAGUCACCACCACGGUGGUCCUUAGAGGAAAAGAAGUGGUGCUCAACAUGUACGACACCGCAGGCCAGGAGGACUACGACAGGCUGCGCCCGCUGUCGUACCAAGAGGCCCACGUGAUUCUGGUGUGCUUCGACGUGACCAACCCCACCAGUUUUGACAACGUGACCAUCAAGUGGCACCCGGAGGUGAAGCACUUUUGUCCGGGCGUCCCGCUCAUCCUGAUUGGCUGCAAGACGGACCUCAGGAAGGACAAAGAGUGCUGCAGGAGGCUGAAGGCCGUCAAGCAGGCUCCCGUCACCUACACGCAGGGCCUGGCCGCGCAGCAGCAGAUGAACGCCGAGCUCUACCUGGAGUGCUCGGCAAAGUGCCAGGAGAACGUGCACGACGUGUUCCGGGAGGCCGCCAAGAUGGCUUUGGCUUUCCGCCGCAAGCAAAGACACUUCAAACGCAAGAGGAAUUGUCAAAUUCUAUGAGCGCACUCAGAUGUGCCUUUCGUCUUAAAGUACAAGUAAAUUGUACUGCACUGGAUGUUGAAGCCACUUAAGCAGUUUGAAGCUUUAAUCCAGUGAUUCUUUUGCAUACCACUAGAGGGAGCCUGCCUUCCACACGUGGAGACUAAUUUCACAUGUUCAACUUUUCACUUCUUCCCUUUUGCCAAGAAGGAGUUUGGAGUUGAGUUGUUGGUAGAGGAGUGCGUCACUAGACCAGUGGUUCUCAAUGUGUGACUCUCAGGCUCCCUCUUGUGGUGCACCAAUGAAUUACUGGCCAAGUACGCUUCAGUUGUGUUUCACUUUGAAUUGCAUUUAAUUUGAAGACCUAUAGAUUUUGAAGCUUACUUUUGGGUACAACUUGAAUGUAUUUAUCUGUUACAUGCAAACAUUUGAAUUGAACCAUUACAUAGAUAUAUUUUCGAAUAGUUUUUGCUAAUAACAUGUUGACUUGCAAAUAUUUUCAUGUCAUUUGAUGACUUCUUUCUUGUGUCAUUUUCCCUCUCUCGUCUUGGAUAGCUUUAUAUUCUCCGAAUUUGAAAGCAAACAGCAAAAACGCUUUGAAUGUGAAAGAAUGAAUUUGUUGGCCUUGCGUUCUUUUGCAGUUGUGCA